GGUCGCGUUGGGAGCCCCAUUUUCUCAGAGAGACUGCCGGACUCUGGUUAUUACCGGAACCGGACUCGUGAUUGGCUGGGACGAAACCCAGCCCCGGCUGCAGGAUAAGGUAUCAAAAGAGGCGGGCGAAUUGCGUCAUCAACGAGCGACGAGAGUGUCCCAAAAGGGGCGAGACGAAGUAAAAUAAGCCCCUUUCUAAUUGGUUCCCUCCUUCGGGGGGAGAUUGAAACAGCGAUGGGGAUUCGCUCUUCUUCAACUCUCCAGGUAAUUGAAGGGAGGACGACGAUUGGGGAGAAACUUAUUAAGUCGCCUACGGACCGGUUCUGCCGGCAGUUCUCCACACAAGAGCAAACCCCCCAGAUCUGUGUGGUGGGCAGUGGCCCCGCUGGCUUCUACACAGCCCAACACCUGCUAAAGCACCACACCCGGGCACACGUGGACAUCUAUGAGAAGCAGCUGGUGCCCUUUGGCCUGGUGCGCUUUGGCGUGGCACCCGACCACCCUGAGGUGAAGAAUGUCAUCAACACCUUUACCCAGACGGCCCGCUCUGAUCGCUGUGCCUUCCGGGGCAACGUGGUGGUGGGCAGGGACGUGACAGUGCCGGAGCUGCGGGAGGCCUACCACGCCGUGGUGCUGAGCUACGGGGCAGAGGACCAUCAGGCCCUGGGAGUUCCUGGUGAGGAGUUGCCUGGUGUGCUGUCGGCUCGGGCCUUUGUGGGCUGGUACAAUGGGCUUCCUGAGAACCGGGAGACCUCUCGCUUCCAGCUGGUUCCAGACCUGAGCUGUGACACAGCUGUGAUCCUGGGGCAGGGGAAUGUGGCUCUGGACAUGGCUCGGAUCCUACUGACCCCACCUGAGCACCUAGAGAAAACAGACAUCACGGCGGCCUCCCUGGGGGUACUGAGGCAGAGUCGAGUGAAGACAGUGUGGAUAGUGGGCCGGCGUGGGCCCCUGCAAGUGGCCUUCACCAUUAAGGAGCUGCGGGAGAUGAUUCAGUUACCAGGAACCCGGCCCAUUUUGGACCCUGUGGAUUUCUUGGGCCUCCAGGACAAAAUCAAGGAGGUCCCCCGCCCCAGGAGGCGGCUGACAGAACUGCUGCUUCGAACAGCCACAGAGAAGCCAGGCCGGGAGGAAGCUGCACGCCAGGCAUCAGCCUCCCGCUCCUGGGGCCUCCGCUUUUUCCGAAGCCCCCAGCAGGUGCUGCCCUCAUCAGAUGGGCAGCGGACAGCAGGCAUCCGCCUGGCAGUCACCAAACUAGAGGGUGUCGGCGAGGCCGCCCGGGCAGUGCCAACGGGAGAUGUGGAGGACCUCCCCUGCGGGCUGGUGCUGAGCAGCCUGGGGUAUAAGAGUCACCCCAUUGACCCCAGUGUGCCCUUUGACUCCAAACUCGGGGUCAUCCCCAAUACAGAGGGCCGGGUUGUGGCUGUGCCAGGCCUCUACUGCAGUGGUUGGGUGAAGCGGGGGCCCACAGGUGUCAUUGGCACUACCAUGAACGACAGCUUCCUCACUGGCCAGGCGCUGCUGCAGGACCUUCAGGGGGGACUGCUGCCCUCGGGCCCCAGGCCUGGCUACACGGCCAUCGAGGCUCUGCUCAGCGGCCGAGGGGUCCAGCCUGUCUCUUUCUCCGACUGGGAAAAGCUGGAUGCUGAAGAGGUGUCCCGGGGCCAGGGCGCUGGGAAGCCCCGGGAGAAGCUGGUGGACCCUCAGGAGAUGCUGUGGCUGCUGGGGCGCUGAGCCCAGACCUAGCCCUGCUGGAAGGGGCACUGUGCCAUGCAGGGGUUCAGGGGAGAGGGCCGGGGCAGCCUUAGGGGGAUGUGCACCCGUAGCUGCGUGGCCUACCUGCCUGGCACAGGGCUUGGCUGCAUCCCUUUUCAGUGGUCUCUGAGCUCUCCCUCCUGUGAGGUUACCCUUGCCGGCGUGGGUUUCGCUCCCAGGAAGGAGGUAACCUUCCUUAGGAAUGAGCAGGGGUGCAGGCUGACCUUACUCCCUCCCGUCUGUCUGCUGAUGGGCCGUGGCAGGUCACUAGGUCUGGAACAUGCUGGAAAUAAACAGCUGCAACCAAGGGCCACGGUGAUGUGCAACUUCUUUUGGGGACCGAGGUCACCUUCUGGCUGCAACUCCCCUCCAGUCGCCAGGUGGCGCUGCAGAGCCAGCUCCCUGCUCCAGGCCUUUUUGGG